CCCCCACCGCCCCCCCCCAUCCCCCGGUCUGGACUCGGGAAUGGAAGUUAUUUUCGGAGGUUCAGAGCAGCGCGGACAGAGCGCGCGAUCUCGCCGCGCGACCGUCCAUCAGAUGCUCGCGCGCAGAAGUUAGAACUCCAGCAGCGCAGCCCGCGCGCCGACUGCAGCCAACAAUCCGGAUUAUUAAGUUUCAGGAUUCAGAUGAACCCGAUCAGCCGGUAUUCUCGGUUCCUCUUGGUUUAGAUUUCCGCCCGCGUGCACCGGUUUUACCGUCGCCGCGCGAGGCGCCCGAACUGCUGGAGAUGGUACCCGGGGAGCGCGCGUGAAGCGGCGGAGAGGAGGAGCAGCAGUUCGACCAGAACCGACCCGAACCGUGACGCGAGAGCAGAAGAUGAAGUCAGCAGCCUUCAUGUUUCUUCUGAUCAGUUCUGCCGCCUGCAUCAAUCUCAAAUACAUCUCCAAGAGGAACUCAGUGGACGGCUGUAUUGAUUGGUCGGUGGAUCUGAAGACGUACCGGGUUUUGGCGGGAGAGCCUCUGCGGGUGAAGUGCGCUCUGUUCUACAGCUACAUCAGAACCAACUACACCAUGACCCAGAGCGCCAAGCUGCGGCUCAUCUGGUACAAAAACAAGGGCGACUCUGAGGAGCCAAUCAUCUUCUCCGGCCACCGGCUCAGCAAAGAGGGGGACUCCAUCUGGUUCCGCUCCGCCGAGACGGAGGACAACGGAUUCUACACCUGCGUCCUCAGAAACACGACGUACUGUAUGAAGGUGUCAAUGUCUCUGACGGUGGAGGAGAGCGAGGAGGGGCUGUGCUUCAGUUCCAGGAUUCGUUACCUGGAGAAAGCUGAAAUCACCAAGAACAAAAUGAUCACCUGUCCCGAGAUCGACGACUACCUCGCCCCCUACAAACAGCCAAUCAUGAGCUGGUAUAAGGAGUGUCAGAAGAAGGAGUGGAGGAGCUCCAUCAUCAUUAACACCACCAGUCUGUGGAUCCCGGUGGUAGAGGAGGAGGAUGGAGGAAACUACACCUGUGAGCUGCAGUACGGGAGCAGGGUGGUGAGGAGAACAACCGAGCUCAAAGUCACAGCUCUGCUCACUGAUCGACCGCCGAAGGUUCUGUUCCCCCCCGAUGGACAGACCACUGUAAUAGACGUCCAACUGGGGAUGCCCCUCAGUCUGGACUGUAGAGCGUUCUUCGGCUACAGCGGAGAGUCUCGACCAAUCAUCUACUGGAUGAAGGGGGAUAAAUUCGUGGAGGAGCUGGAGGGACACGUCCGAGAGAGCGAAGUCAGGAUUGUGAGGGAGUAUCUGGGGGAGAAGGAGGUGGAGUUAUCUCUGACGUUUGAUGCGGUGGAGGAGACGGAUAUGGGGAACUACACCUGCCACGUGGAGAACCAUAACGGCAGAGGGCGGGGAAGUGCUCUGCUGCAGAAGAAAGAUAUGUACAGGCUGGAGCUGGCGGGGGGGCUGGGGGCGAUCCUGCUGCUGCUGGGGGUUUUUACUGCUAUAUAUAAAUGCUAUAACGUGGAGAUCAUGCUCUGCUACCGCCGACACUUCGGCAGCGACGAGACAGAAGACGAUAAUAAGGAGUAUGAUGCGUACCUGUCCUACACUAAAGUGGAUCUGGACUCGUUGGGGCGGGAGGUGAGCGAGGAGGAGCAGCUGGCGCUGGAGAUCCUGCCGGACGUCCUGGAGAAACAUUACGGCUACAAGCUGUUCAUCCCCGACCGAGACCUCAUCCCCAGCAGCAUUUAUAUAGAGGACUUGGCGAGGAGUGUGGAGCAGAGCCGGCGGUUGAUUCUGGUGUUGACGCCGGAGUUCGUGGCGCGGCGCGGGUGGAGUAUCUUCCAGUUGGAGACGCGUCUCCACGGCAUGCUGGUGACGGGCGAGAUCAAGGUGAUCAUGAUCGAGUGCGCCGACUUGCGGAACGUCAUCAACUACCAGGAGGUGGAGGCGCUGAAACACACCAUCAAGGCUCUGUCGGUGGUGAAGUGGCGUGGGCCGAAGAGUAACCGGCUGCGCUCGCGGUUCUGGAAGCAGGUGAUCUACGAGAUGCCGGCUAAGAAGAAGGAGACUCUGUCCCGCCGACAGGUCCUGGACUCGGGGGAGCAGGGACUGUUCGGGGACCUGCAGGCCGUCUCCACCCUCGCCGUCUCCGCCUCCUCCCCCGCCGUGGCGCCCGGCCACGCCGACAUCCCAGACUAUAACCAGGCCGCCCACCAGCAGAUGCGGCACUUCUGCCGGAGUUACGAGUUCGAGCUGCCGGCGCCGGCGGUGCAGAUCACCACCCUCAGCAACCGCCACCUGUACUGCAACAUCCCCAUGACCCUGCUGAACGGCCAGCUGAACCACGGCAACACCGGCAAGAGCAAACCGGAGAUCCACCUCAACAGCACCUUCGUCCCGCUGUCCGGCCGAGAACUCACCAGCGACAUCUGGUAGAUCCAGAACCAGCAAUACCGUCCUCCGGACCUCCUCACGCUCCUCACGUUCCUCAUUUAUACGAUUCUGUUUCAUUUAAUCUGCAUGAAGAUCUGUUUGAUUUUAACACUGAAGACAUGAUGUUUUAUUUCUCUCUUUUUCCAAAUCUUUCAAUUAUCAGCCAAUAAUUUAAUUUUCAUUUUUCAGCCAAAAACUAAAGCUAAUAAGAAGAAGCCGCUCGGAUCAUUUUCCUACUUGAAUCUUGAAUUUCUCCGUUUUGGAGAUUAAAGUAAUAAAGGACCUUGUUUUUCAUGUUCAAGGUGUGGAAAUAUAAUGUACAGUUUCAUAUCUAAAAAAAACAAAAACACUUCAAUACGACUCUGAAUAUCUGAAUAUAUGAUUAUUGAUUAUUGAUUAUUGGUGUAUGAGUUUUUUCUUUAUUUUCUUUUUUAAAAUAGUUUAUUAUUUUGAGAAUAUCUCAGCACAGUUAUGUAAACGGAGGUGGAACACAUUGGAUGUUAGCUUUAAAAAAAGAUCAUAAACAGUAUAUUAAACCAAUAAACCGUGUUUAAAUUUACAGAAGAAUAAUUAUCGUGUUUGUUUGAAGCCUAAAUAUUGAUUAUAUCUGAUUAUUAAUCUACCGUUUGCUUGAUUUUUCUUUUGCUUGAUUGUCGGAUCUCUGAAGAUUCAGAUUCAAUUUUAAUAAGAAUUUUAGUUUAAUUCUGUUUAAUAAGAGCUGCUUUGUUUCUGUUUGUCUGACAGACGUUUCUGUUCCUCUGUACGAAACACAACAAUCCAAAAUUAUAGCAAUUAAUUAAUGAACUGAUUUAUUAUUAAUAACGGUUAUGAUUGGGUGCACUUUUUGUAUGUGAUCACAGGACGCUCCGCACUGACGGGUCGCUCCGACAGGACGCUCUGCCAGGACUCUCUGAUGAGACAGUCCGUUGGGACGCUCCGUGGGGACGCUCUGUCGGGACGCUCUGUCGGGACGCUCCGACAGGACGAUCUGACGGGACUUUUUGACGGGACGCUCUGACGGCACUCUCUGACUGGAUGCUCUGUCGGGACGCUCCACCGGGAGGCUUCGACUGGACGCUCCGUUGGGACUCUUUGACGGGAUGCUCCAUGGGACGCUUCGCCCAGAUGCUCCGUCGGGAGGCUCUGUCAGGACUUUUUGACGGGACGCACUGACUGCACUCUCUGACACGACGCUCUGCCAGGAUGCUCGGACAGGGCACUCCAAUGGGACGCCCUGACAGGACACUCUGACAGGACACUUCGUGGGACGCUCCGUUGGAACGCCCUGACGGGACGUUCCAAAUGGACGCCCUGGCGGGACACAUUGACAGGACACUCUUAACAGAACACUCUGACAGGACAGUCUGACAGGACACUCUGACAGGACACUCUGACAGGACACUUUUACGGGACUCUCUGACAGGAAACUUUUACGGGACUCUCUGACAGGACACUUUUACGGGACUCUCUGACCGGACUCUAUGAUUUUUAGGAAGGUUAAAGAACACCAAAUUUUAUUGGUGAUUUCAUGUCUUUUCAUCUUUUCACAGCAUUUUAUACUCGACCGUCCAUCAUCAUCAUAUUCUACUACAAUAUAAAAGUCCUUUAAUAAACGUACCAUGUAGAACUGUUUUAUUAUGUGGAUAAAAAAAACCAAAUCAGAGAAAUACCUGAUCAUAUGAACAGUGUUAAUAAAAAAUCACAGAGUUUCUUUUAUUUAUUUGAUUUUAUUUGAUUGUAGUCAGAAUAAACCCGACGCUUAAAACCACGACUUUUACAGAAUCAUCAGUAAAACAGUGUUAAUCCACUCUCUGCUCACAGUGAGCACAGAUCUGAUCUGUAGAGAUUAACCUGAAUUCAGAAAUAUAAAAUCUAAUCAUGACUUCGUACUGUUACACACCUUACAAUGAGUUCACAGAAAGAAGGGGACAAAAUAACUGAAACACCUCAUCACUUGGUAUCAGUUUCAGAAUCAUAACAUGUUAAAGUGAUGUGAGAGGAAAUGGAAAUGUUAUAAAGUGUAAAGUUUUGAGUCUGAAAUGCAGGAAUUAAUUUUUAUUAAUAAACUAAAUUCUUCUUUCCGUCUACAAUCAAAUACUCAAUAAUUUCCCUACAGAUUUAAAUCAUUUUUGCUUUUUUAUCAUACAGUAAGUAUAUUUUUCAGAUUAUCAAACACAUUUUAAUAUCAGGCUGUAAUUAUUACUAAAAUAUACUAAAUAUAACCUGGGUACAUAUAAAAAAAACAGAUUUAAAAUGAUAAUUUAAUUUAUUAAUGGAAAAAAUAUAUUUAAACUAACCUGAGCCUGUGUAAAAAUAUUUCACUAUUAUCCACAACCAGGCCUGAUUACUGAUCCCAGACCUGUAGAAUCAAGAAAUCACUUAAAUAAAACCCGUCUGACAACAUGAAGCAGAUAAAUCAAUCAAUCAAUUAAUCAAUUAACCCCGAUUUUGACUCUGAAGUUCAUUGAGGGCCGGGCAUUUACAAAUAUUACAAAGAAAUAACUACCUUUAAUCAUUUUAAAGAUAAAAAUAGAUUAAAAUAAUAAUAAAAUAAUAAUACAACUUAAUUGAUUAGAAAUUAAGAUCAAAAGAAGAUAAGAUUAAUACAACAAAAAACAGUUAAAAAUAGAUCCUCUGAAAAAUGUAAGUAUAACAAAAAAGCAAAAGUAAAAGAAAUCCUUUUUUACAGAACUGUAAUAUAGAAUAAAAUAAAUAUAGUUUUUUUAUUAACAUUAAUCCUACAGUGUCAGGUGUUUCUGAUUUGGGUUUAUUGAUCCAGAAUGAUUUGUAUAAUCUGUGAUUUUACUGCAUGCAGGUUCUUUAAAAGUGAUCAGAGACUCCAAUAACCAGGAUCAAUAAAUAACCCAACAGCGCCAUCUAGAGGCAGGCGGUCCGCACUGAGCAUGGUGUUUCUUAUUUCUCAUCGAUUGAUUGAUAUUAUUAGAAUGAAUCAUUUGCAGAAAUAUUUCCAUGAAGCCAUUUGAGUAAAAACAUGUUUAGUUUAGUUUUGUUUUGUUUUUGAUUGAUUGUUUUUUAUUUUUAUUUUAUUAUAAAGCGAUGUGCUUUUCAUUAUUCUGUGCAAUAAAAGGACAGUGACAAUAAAAAGGAUUCAUGGAAAAAAGAA